AUGGCUGACGGACAGACCGGCGAUCUUAUAGAAGAAAGUGGGAACGCUUAUAAGUGUAGGGUCACUCUGCUUGUGCCACCGAAUAAGAUGGAAUCUCUCGACAGUGUUAUAGGCUCUUUAAUUGACUGGGUGGAUCCCUCGAGGCAGAUAGUUGACGUAGAGGAAAAGAUUCCUGGUGAGCAUUUGUACAACGAUGGAAUUGCUAAGCGUGACAUUACUGGCCGCCUCGUAACGCCCGCCAUUAGCAUUAUGCUGUUUGCAAAGGAAUCUGGUGAGAUGAGUGUUAGUGACCUACAGCGUGCUUUACUUAUGCCUCCAUGGCAGUUUCACCAUAAAGUAGAAUUGCAGAACAGAAAUGCACCAAACAAACCUGUAGCAAAACAGGAAUUCUUCCGACUCGCCAACGACUUGCCGCUGUUUGCUGCUUGCCCUGUUCUUACAAACACUGAACACUUACGAAUCAACUUGUACGUCCAUAACUAUCCAGAAAUGGUGGACUUCUACCGAACUAUCACUGAAACGGAGAUCGAAACAAGCAAACCGGAAUUCUGCAUCUUUGAGUUGUACCGGCAGCCUGGUCUUGAUAUACAACUGUCACUCAAACAUUCGCCGUAUAUUUGUCCUGUGCCGGUUGAAUCAGCUUAUAUAAGUUUUAAUGUCAAAAGCAUAAAUGCUAUCAAAGUUGCAACGCACAAUGCAAAAAUUGACAUCGUUGGCGACAAUGUCUACACAACGCACGACCCGGACGGAAACCUUGUCAUUUUAUACGAAAAUAAUCAAAAUACGCAAGAACUGCACUGCGAUCUCGUCAAUACGGUGAGCAACCAAACUCUUCCGGAUACCACUGAAUGUAUAAACUGCAUCGAAAAUGAAGAUGGCAGGAGUCAGCGAAGCUUAGCAGGAAGUCACGAUUCCGGCCAUUUUUCUGAUAAUGAAGGCAAAAUAACGCGGGGACGAGAAAUUGGUAAUAUUAUUACUAGCAAAACUAUGAGCAAUUCCGCAGCUGCGGAGUCGAAACGUGAGAAAAGUGAAGGUUACGCAAGCUCUGACAGCGGCUCCAGUUAUACCCCUGUUGGAAACAGGCAUGCCACGUAUAGACAACGUGGUGAUGGCUCGAAGACUGGUGGAUAUAGUAUGUUAAAUAAGGUGACGAAGCUACGAGACAAGUGGGGUGCAGUCGACGGAUUGAACGGAACGUCAAAUUGCAUUUCGGAUGGCACAGAAGUUCGUUUGGUUGACAACGGAACAAUCAAAAGAACUGAAUAUCAUUCGACUAAUGGCGUUCGUAAAUUAGUUAGAAGUAAAUAUAUGAACACCGUGACCAUUAAGCAUUCGACCGUGUAUAUAUGA